CCCGGCGGGCGGGGCCGCGCCGCCUCAGAGCCGCGGCCAUGGCGGGUUUCGUGAGGGAGCUGGAGCGGCGGGCAGGGCCGGCGCUGCGCCUGGAGCAGAGGGCGGCCGGCGGCGUGGGCUGCGUGGUGUGGGACGCUGCUCUGGUGCUCGCCAAGUUCCUGGAGACCGGCGCUUUCCCCUUCGCCCGCCGCCACGUCCUGGAGCUGGGCGCGGGCACCGGCGCCGUCGGCAUCAUGGCAGCCACGCUAGGGGCGAACGUGACGGUCACAGACCUGGAGGAGCUGCAGGAGCUGUUGUUGGUUAAUAUCGAGAAUAACAAGCACCUGGUCACAGGGUCCGUCCGAGCCAAGGUACUGAAAUGGGGUGAAGAUGUAACAGAAUUUCAGCCUCCCCCUGAUUAUAUACUCAUGGCUGAUUGCAUUUACUACGAGGAGUCCUUGGAGCCCUUGCUGAAGACCCUGAAGGACCUGACAGGCCCUGACACUUGUGUCCUGUGCUGCUAUGAACAGAGGACUAUGGGGAAGAACCCUGAAAUUGAGAGAAAAUACUUUGAACUGCUUCAGAAGGACUUUGAGCUGGAGAGAAUUCCCCUGGACAGGCACGACGAGGAGUACCGGAGCGCAGACAUCCACAUCGUCAGCAUCCACAGGAGGUGCACGAAUUGCCCAUCGUGAGAUCUUUGAGCACAAGAUCUGUCCCCUGGCAGAGCUCUGGAGAAGAGGGGAUGGGAUAACACCACAGAGGGACUGUCUGCGGUGUGGUUGUGACUCAUCUGCACCGAGCAGCUUCUCGCUGGCAGCCGAGGUGUCUGACAGCAGCACCGCUGUGGGCUGGCCGUGUGCGCGGCGCGGGGAGGCGGGGGCGGAGCGGGGAUGGAGCGGGGGCGGCCCCGGGGCAGCGCUGGGGGCGGCGCGGCCGAGCCGAGGGCGCCGCGCUGGAACCGCCGAGAGGGAAAACUGGGAGCGGCUCCACUCAAUAAAACUUUGGCACUUUGGGAGAUGGGUUUCAGCUGGUGGUGGGUUCAUUCAUCCUCUGGUUCUUGUGUCAUUCCCAGAGCACCUGGGAGGCUCAUUUCCUCCUGGGAGGUUCAUUCCAGGAGCUGGAGCUGUCUUGGUGGUGGUUGCUGCACAGAUAAAACACACCUGUGCAAAGUCAUUCUGCCUUCUGUUUUCACCCGUGCUUUUCUGGUGU